AUGGCAUUAGAUUUUGGUUUUGGUUUUAUAGCUGGAGUAACUGGUACAAUUGCUGGUUAUCCAUUUGAUACAGUUAAAGUUCGUCUUCAAAUACAAUCAUCAAAUCAUCGAUUAUAUUCUGGUUCAUUAGAUUGUUUUAUUAAAAUAGCAAAACAAGAAUCAAUAUUAGGUUUUUAUAAAGGCAUGUCAUCACCAAUGUUUGGUGUUGCAAUUAUAAAUGGUAUUGUGUUUUCUGUUCAAAAUCUUUCAAAAGGUUUAUUUGACAAUCCUGAUACAUAUUUAGCAUUAUCAAUAACAGGUGCUAUUGCUGGUAGUGUACAAGCAUUUGUUUGUUCACCUAUUGAACUUGUUAAAACACGUUUACAAAUGCAAGGUAUUGGACAACAACGAAAAUUAUUUGCAUUAUCAACACAUUUAUAUAAAGGUCCUAUUGAUUGUUUAAAAAAAUCUUAUGCUAGACAAGGUUUUCGAUAUGGUGUUAUGCGUGGUUUAUCAAUGACACUUGCACGUGAUAUACCAUCAUUUGCUGCUUAUUUUCCAGCAUGGCAAUUUUUUGUUUCACAUUUUUCACCAACUGGUAAAGAAGCUGACAUGUCUAUGCAAAUGAGUUUAGUAGGAGGUGCUUUUACUGGUAUGGCUGCUUGGACUGUAUCUUAUCCGUUGGAUGUUAUUAAAAGUCGAUAUCAAGCAUCAAGAGAUCAUGUUUAUAAAAAUGUAUGGGAUUGUACAGUUAAAUCAUUACGUAAUGAAGGAUGGCAAGUAUUUACUCGAGGGUUUUUACCGUGUACACUUCGUGCUAUUCCAACAAAUGCAUUUACUUAUCCUGUUUAUGCAUUUUUAAAACGAACAUUUGAAACACCGAUUGAUGAUGAUAAUGUAUCUAUACCAAAACAAAUGGUUAAUAAAUCAAAAUCAAUAUCGACAACUAAAAAUCCCUCUGCAUCGAUUGCUUCAAUUCAAUCAAUUUAA